CCGAAACGAACGCGAGUGACGCGGCAAUUUAUCUAUUUUUAGUGAUAAACGCAUAAAAAAUAUCGCGGUAAAAAAAUUGGAGCAUUAUUCGAUGAAUAAAAUUGUUGAAAUAAAUCGUUUUGUUUAGUUUUCGUUGUAGUAUUUAUUAUUUAUGUGAACGUUUUGAAAUUGAACGCUUGUUACGCCGAGUGCGGGAUUCAAGAAGGACGUAGGUACUACAUUGUAAUAUUUUUAUAGUUUUAUUUUUCGCGUUCGAUAUUCGAAUCUGUGUUUUGUCCUAUUUUAAAAAUAAAGUGAUGGUUCUAAUGUUUUCUGUGACAGUGAAAACAUAACGUAGCACAAGAAACCAUCUCACCAGCCUUGAAAAAAACCCACCUGUCAAAACUCCCGCCAAAAUGAACUGUCAAACGCACCACAGCUAAUAAAACCAAUCGAGUGAUCGAUUACACAAAAUAUUCAGCCAAAGAGUUCGUCUCGUAGAAAAUUUAAAACAAUGAUUUCGAGAAAAUUAGAAUAACUUUGGAAGAUAUUGAAGAAGUAUUGAAUUAGCAAGAUGGCGACUCCACCUGAGUCUCCUGUGGAGGAGCAUGCUUAUGAAUUGGAGCCCAGUAGGACUCCGAAGCCAAUUCCUGUCGCCUUGGAGGAGUUAUGCCGGCAGACCAAGUUUUCUAAACAGGAGAUCCGUGUCAUGUACAGAGGGUUUAAAACGGAAUGUCCAGAAGGUGUCGUGCAAGAAGAAUCGUUUAAGGACAUCUACGCGAAGUUCUUCCCUCAUGGAAAUUCCGCGCUGUAUGCCCACUAUGUGUUCAAAGCGUUUGAUGUCAACUGCAGUGGUGCUAUCAGUUUCAGAGAACUCCUAGUGACUCUUUCCACCUUGCUUCGAGGGUCUGUCUAUGAGCGUCUUCGUUGGGCCUUCCGUCUGUACGAUGUGGAUGGUGAUGGAGCGAUCACCAGGCAGGAAUUAGCGGAGGUGGUGGUAGCUGUGCAUGAGCUGCUUGGAAGACGAGCUCCACCAGGGUCUCCGGCCGCCAGGCUUGAUGAUGCUAAGGCUAAUGAACAGGUGGAUCGUGUAUUCAGGAAGCUAGAUCUGAACCAGGACGGAGUGAUCACGAUCGAGGAGUUCCUGGAGUCAUGCUUGAAGGACGACGUUAUAACUAGGUCGCUGCAGAUGUUCGACACCGCUCUAUGACGGCAGAGUGACGCAGCGCAUGCACCUCUACCCGCCAGGACCGUAGCGAAGCGUCGCAGCGUGCGGACGGCGCACCGGCGCUGCCAGUGUGCGCGGGAGGCGGGGCUGCUCCGCGCAGCCGCCGCGUGGUUGCGCGGGCGCCGCUACGCGCACUAUCUCGCCGCUCUCGACGACUUCUACAGCCGAGUCGUGCGACCCCGACUAAGAAGCGUGCUGCUGCUACAUUUUUAGCCGCUGAUCAAUUGGAGUCUUUUAACGAAGGUUUUUGAAAGGAUUUCGACUCUUUCCCCUUGAUUUACAUUCUGUUUCUGUUUUUCGUCGACUUUUCUGUUCUGUAGCAGAGUAUGAGAGUGUUAGGCGGACACCAGGUCAUCUAGAGUUCGUCCUGUCCAACUGAUGAUAGCGAGUUUCACUGUCUAGUGAUAUGUACGCUGAUAUCGUCAUGAGUAAAGGCUAUUUAUCUGAGGUUAAUAAAAGAAAUACUGCUUAAUAACGCACCGAAGGUCACGCUCAGCACCUAUAAGGGGCCAUUGGGUGUUUAGUAGACCAGCUCUAAAGGGAUGAAAUGACAAGACCGUACGCAUUUUGGUCUUUUUAUUUCCAGAAGAAUGUCAGGUCAAAAUCCCCUCUUGUUUAUGCUGAACUGUUAUCCAUUCUAACACAAUCUUGGAACGUCAUCUCAUCAGACACUUACUGUCCAUGGCAUCCAACAGUCCUCCCUCUAAUGACUACACAUCGCGAGGUUGGAAGGGACCUGCUUACAGCAGCUGUCUGCGACCUUGGCUUUAUCAGAUCGUCAGUCCAUCUUGUAGAUGACAUACCUCCUUUUGAUUCGGCUAAAUCACUUCGUAACACAUUGUGUUAUGUCUUAUUACAUUUCUGAACUAGCUUCUGCCCGCGACUUCGUACGCGCAAUCCCAUUUUCUCCCAUUCCCAUA